AUGAUCGGUGCGAGUCCUAUUCAGAUGGUGAUGGAAAGUGGGGACUGGCUGGUUGGGGGAGACCUGCAGGUUCUGGACAGGAUCUGCUGGAAUGACGGACUCGAUCAGUACCGGCUGACGCCCACGGAGCUCAAACAGAAGUUUAAAGAAAUGAAUGCAGAUGCUGUAUUUGCCUUCCAGCUCCGCAACCCAGUCCACAACGGCCAUGCCCUUCUGAUGCAGGACACCCACAAGCGUCUCAUCGAGCGAGGCUACCGCCGGCCUGUUCUGCUGCUUCACCCACUGGGAGGCUGGACCAAGGACGAUGAUGUGCCGCUGCCCUGGCGAAUGAAGCAGCACGCCGCUGUGCUGGAGGAGGGCGUCCUGAAUCCAGACUAUACCAUCGUAGCUAUAUUUCCUUCACCCAUGAUGUAUGCAGGGCCAACUGAGGUUCAGUGGCAUUGCAGAGCUCGAAUGGUUGCUGGAGCCAACUUCUACAUCGUAGGCCGUGACCCUGCAGGCAUGCCCCACCCUGACACAGGAAAGGACCUGUAUGAGCCCACUCAUGGGGCCAAGGUCCUCACCAUGGCUCCGGGCCUCAUCACCCUGGAGAUUGUACCCUUUAAGGUCGCUGCUUACAACAAGGUCAAAAGAGCAAUGGACUUUUAUGACUCCAAAAACCAUGAAGAUUACGAUUUUAUCUCAGGCACACGUAUGCGCAAGAUGGCUCGUGAGGGAGAGAAUCCUCCUGACGGCUUCAUGGCGCCGAAGGCUUGGGCUGUGCUGAAAGAAUACUAUAAGUCACUGGAGAAGGCCUAAAGGUCACAUCUUAGAGGAAAAAACAUGAAAACACAUUGUUUUUUUUACUGAUGUUUAAAACGCCGAAUGCGGGGACCACUCAUCUGCUAUCAGAAACCACGCACAGCUGUCAGUCAUGAAACUGGUCUCAGUCUCAUAUUUGUGUUUUAACCGUAUGAACUUUUAUUAACUAAACUUACAAACAAAAGAAUUUCUUUGAAAGUAGAUGCUUGUGUUUCUCACUAACAUUUAUAACUGUAUAUUCUGAUGGCUGGUUACAGAAAAGACUGUGUGAAAAUAUAAGAUCAAGACUUGUAAUGACCUGUGUAGAAAGUACUGUUGACCAGUACUUAUACAGGAACGAAUGAAUGUUGAGUAUUUGUGAUGUCUCAUUUUAAAACAUUUUAGCUCCUGCUAAAGUUCACUUAACUCACCACUGAAACCCAGUUGCUUUAUACUGUAUGUUUGCAAGUGGCCGUGGUAAUUGCUCAGAAUUUGGUGUACACAAGUAUUUGAUGUAAAAGUCGAGUGCCUUGGUCUUCAGAAAAUGAACUCACAUUAUGUCUUGUUUGAAUUAGGACACAGACAACACGCCUGCUUCUUGUCCCACUUGUCUUGAUGUUACUCUGAAACAGUCCAGUAGUUCAAGAAAUGGUUUGCAAAACAGAUCAGUAUAAAAUGUUUUUUUU